AUGCAAGGCGAUCAGUUUCACUACAUCAUCACGGAAAUUGCAGGAGUUUGUCGAGAAGAUAGAAUUUUACGGCAGCUGUGGUCAUAUCUUAUCCGAUGGGGCGGCGAAAGCACGCUCAACAUCUCACCGUCAACCGGUCGCUUCACCGCUCAACGCUGCGUUGUCAUUGCUAGCUCGUCCUCAGAGCCCACAUGUGGUAGCUCCUCUGACAUUGUUUGCGGAUGCGGCAGCUAUUGUGAUAUCGGUCUUGAUGAAGCCGGUAUAGAUCAAGAUGGUGUGUUCAAGGAAUUCCUUGAAUUGACUAUCAAGCAAGUCUUUGAUCCUGCUUUGAACUUGUUUCACAGCACUGCCGCCGGGGUGCUUUACCCGUCUGCGACUUCAAGUGUGCAUGAGGAUCAUCUGGCACUGUUUCAGUUUGUAGGAAGAAUCUUGGCCAAGGCAGUAUAUGAGGGAAUUGUUGUUGAUGUUCAGCUAGCGCCCGUUCUGCUUGCAGCGAUGUUGGGUGGACGACGUCUUUGUGCUUUCGAUGAACUGUCACAAUUGGAUCCCGAACUUUACCGUAAUCUUACCUUUGUGAAGACGAUGUUGAUGUAG